AUGAAUAAUUAGCACUUAGGAAACAACAGCAAUAAUCCAGUACACUCACUGAAACUACCUGCCUAGACUAAUGAUCAGGAAAUAUCAGAUAAUGAAGAUAAAAAGAACAAGAGAUCUCCUAAUGAUAUUAAUAUGAUAAAGUCCAUUAAGUAGCUUGAGACCACAGAAUUAGACCUUCAUUCACCCAGAUUUUAGAAGGCCUGUGUCAGUCUUGGAAUUCCCCUUAGAGAUUGCGUUAAAAAGAGAAAAGAACAUUUUAUGGAGAAGGGCCUAGCAGAUGAUAUAGUUGAGCUGAGACUCAAGCAUUUCUAAAACAGAUAAAUCGACCUUCUUAAUCGUAUCCUAGAAGAACGAAGAAAAUUAAAGAACAGGGAGAUAUUACAUGAUAAACUAUAAAUUUAAACAAAUCAGAAUAAGACUUAAGGGCAGUCGUUUUACUCGCCUCAAAACAAUCACACAGCCAAUCCCAAUAGCAGAGCUGCUCAGCUAUAUGGAAGUGUCAAAUCACCAAUGGGGAAAAUAGGUAUGACAUCUUAAAGUCAUCUUGAUAACAAGAGAUUUGCUUCCACUUCAAAAAUGUAAUUAUCUGAUUCUUAGUAAUAUCAUAGAUUUAACUCACCUCCUAACUUAAGAGGUUCCUUUGAUGAUUAAUGGAGCUUCGAGCAAGAUAAAAUCUAGAAACUUAAGUCAAAGAAAGUAUUUAAGGCCUAGAUGAUUAUUGAUCUUGAACAUUUAAAACUAAUGAAAGAUCGCUAAUAUGAAUCAAGACUUAAAGAAAUGGAAAAGAAGUUUAAAGAAGAGGAAAUGUUCAGAAAAGAGCUUAAAGAUAAGCAUGAAAUGAAAUUAACUUCUGUAAAAGGGAAGAAUGAGCAGAUCUAAAAAGAGUUAGAAUACUAAUCAAGGAUUUUGCUUGAAAGAGCUUAGAAAGACAUGAGAUCUAAACAGGAGAAGCAUGACAUGCUUGAAAGAUAGAGAUUUGAAGAACUUAAAAGAAGAGAGGAGGAGUUUGAAAGAAAAAGAUAGAAAAUUGAACAAAUGAAGAGAGAUUAAGAAUAAGAAGACUUAAGAGCUGUAGAAACGAAUCUAUAGCAAUUUGAAUACAAAAUCAAAGAAUCCUAGGAUAAACACGCUUAUCAGUUGCAAAGAGUCAUAAGUGAGGCUAGAUUGAGAAAUACUAUUCAAAGCGAGAAGGUAAAUAAAUGGAAAGAAGAUUAACAAAGAUAAGAGUUAGAAGAACUUCAUUAGGUUUAUAAGAAUGAGGAAAAAUAUAUGAAAAAAAUGUAAAAGAUAGCUAAAAGCACAUAGGAUCUUCACCAAAAAAUAAGAGAGAAAAAGCUUAUGAAGUAAGAGAAGCAGAACCAUAAUAAGAAAGUCGAGGAUGGAGAAAUUGAAUGCAAAUUAAAAGCAAUAAUGCAGAAAUUCAAGCAUGCUGAGGAGAAUAAAGAAAAAGAGCAUGAUAUUGCAUUAAAGCAUGAACUGAGAAGACUAAAGGAAGAAGAUCGAAAGAAAGAGAGAGAAAGAUAGAAGAGACUUGAUAAUCAAAGAAAGAGAAAAAUACUGAAAAAGACAAGAGAAACUCAAUCUCAAAUUGAAUUCUAUAAGAUAAGUGAAUAAGAGCUGUAGAAAAAGAGAGUUCAGGAAACAGUUAAGACCAUGAUUGAUCUUAAAAACAUGUUUUCAACUGUUUAAACUGUUUUACAAGCUAAGAAUUUGCCGAUUAAAGAAAAAUCUAAGAUUUUAAGAGAUCACUCUCUAGAAAUUAAGCCUCAGUUUAUUGAGAAAAAGAAGAAAAAGGAUGAAAACGACUUGAAAUGA